AAUUCUUUGGAGUUCAUAUUCAAGCAUCCACAACCCGGAUAGCCCCUCAACAUUGGUCUUCGAGCCUCCAAAUCAAGAAUCAGCGAGUAACUACGAAUUAACUGUCCAGCCAACGUGUCCGUGCACCGCCAUUGUCACAGCGCAGUUAACUAUUCGAAAUUACAAGCUAAUUACGUCGAGUUCGCCGCCAGAAACAAGAUAAGUCCACUAAAUACCUACUACAAGAAGGGAUCUACAAGCCUAUAUGGACGGAUUUAAGGAAACGCAAGCCCAGGAUUACUAGAAACCAGCUAAGUUCCCAAUCCACUCCCUUUCUUACAUUAGUGCCUACUUAGGUAUCAUACCUACUAUAGAAACUAGAUUACAAACUAAAUCUUAACUUAACUUCAUAACAAACAGUGUAUUUAAUAUAAAUCCUCAUAAGGCGCAGCUAUAGAUAUCUACUUAGCCAUCGUUAUCUAGUGCCAGCUGCAGCUAACGGUAAAAAAUCACAUGUUUACGCCGUCAGUACUAGUUGCCGGCUUAUCGAAAUAACAAGUAAAUUAAAUCAAAUUCAGUGCCUAUUGUGAUUAAAGUGCAGUUAUCUCAAUAUUUAGUGCAUAAAACAAGUACAUUACGUGUUUUUCAACAGAUAUACUAGUACACAAAGAUAUUAGGACCUAACGAGUACAUAGUGCUAAUUAUCUUAACUAAAACUACGAAUUACAAAUCGAAUGUGCCCAUGAAGAAGCUGCCGAGCAAUACUCCCAGCGGAAUACUUUCGAGGCAACGUACUACAGCAGCAUCGCUCGCGCCCAGCUCCUGCUGAGCGAGGCGGAGGGUCCUGCAGGCAGGAGUACUAAGUCACCACCAGCCGAUAUGCAGGUGACGGAUAUGAAGCGCACAAAGAAGUCAAUGUUGACUACGCGGGGCCUGUAAUGAUGGCCAAUCGCAGAGGGCGUGGAUGUCGUCUCAUAAAGGCCUACAUUUGUAUCUUUGUGUGCUGCAAAACCAAGGCCAUACAUAUCGAGCUGGUGGGCGACCUGAGCACAGCUAACUUCAUUGCCGCUCUCAAGAGGUUUAUUGCUCGCAGAGGGAAACCUUUAGAUAUUUUUUGCGACAAUGGCUCAAAUUUUGUAGGCGCUGCUAAUGAGCUCAAAUCUUUUAUUGCACAAAAUGCUACUCACAUUUCUGACGCUAUAACCUCAGAAUCAAUAAAUUUUCAUUUUUUGCCUCCACAUGCGCCACACUUCGGUGGAUUACACGAAGCCGGUGUUCGCUCUAUAAAACAUCAUUUACGCCGCGUACUAGGAUCGGCUAAUCUAGUUUAUGAGGAUUUGUAUUCAACACUGACUUACAUUGAGGCACUUUUAAAUUCCCGACCCUUGACCCCACUUAGCUCGGACCAAAAUGACUUAUUGCCACUCACACCUGGCCACUUCAUCAUCGGGCGAAGUAUGACGGCGAUCCCAGAAGAAGACCUUACUUCACGCACCAGAUUAGUGGACAGAUACCAGAAGAUUCAACAGCUUCGCCAGCACUUCUGGGCACGUUGGCAACUAGAAUAUAUAAGUGAGCUUCAGAUCCGAACUAAAUGGAGGCAGUCGACGAACGGGCAACUAGAGAUUGGGACCCUCGUCGUUAUCAAAGAUAAGCAACAACCUCCAAUAAAAUGGCUCCUAGGGAGAAUACAACGAGUCUUCCCAGGGCGCGACGGCGUUACCAGAGUCGCAGAGAUUCAAACUGCCACUGGAUUGCUGCGCAGAGACUUUACCAAGAUCUGCCCCUUACCCGUGGACACUACAGUUGAAGACGACACUUCAAGGUCCGCCGGCAUGUCGCGUACCACUCCAACAGGGCGACCGCGGGGUGAGGUGACAGCGGGGAGCAGCCAUCUUCGGGAUGGACUUGCUUACUAGCCACCGCGGCCAUGACUCGGCUCUUUACAUUUUUGUAUAUUUUUUUUAUAA